GGAGGGCAGCGCUGCUGGAUGCUGAGUGGAAGCCAAUCUGCUCGGACCGGGGAGGAUGAACGGCGGAUUGUGUGAAUGGACGCUCCGGCAUCUCGAUUCACAAAGUGACGCGGCUGACCACACCAGAUCCGGAUCUGGGGCUUUUGUUCGCUGAGGAUCCCAGGUCAGACUCCAGCAGGUAGACUGCGAAAGAAAUCAGAGAUAGAAAGGACACGUUGCCGCCGGUGCCGCUGCGCGCAGCGCCCGGGUCUGACGGCCGCAUGGGGCGGGAUGCGGGACGGCUGAGGGACCGCAGCAGAAAUCCAUCGACUGAGUAGAAAGCAGAAGCCUUCCGAGUGGGAUGCGGGACUCAACCGUUCGUGGACUUUCUAACUGACACUAAACGCUGCAGGCAAACUGCGCGUCUUCCCGCGGACAGCCGUGCGUUAUGCUGAUUGGACCGACCUUCCGACACCACGACCCGAUGCGACUCGUCGACCCGAGGCACCUCCCGCAACUGAUGUCCCUGGGGGACCAUGAGCUCUCUAUGGCGGAGGGGACCCUGGUGCCUCUCAACUCCACCUCGGCGGGAGGGGGGCAGGAGGACGGGGGAGCGGCUCCGGGUCAGCAGCACCAGUCCUUCCCCUGGGUGGUGACCGUGCUGGCCGGCGUCCUCAUCACGACCAUCGUUGUGGAUGUGAUCGGGAACCUGCUGGUCAUCGUGUCGGUGUUCAGGAACAGGAAGCUGAGGAAAGCAGGAAACGCCUUCGUGGUGAGCCUGGCUCUCGCCGAUUUGGUAGUCGCCAUCUAUCCUUACCCACUGGUCCUGACCGCCAUUUUCCACAAUGGCUGGAUCGCUGGCUACAUCCACUGUCAGAUCAGCGGCUUCCUCAUGGGGCUCAGCGUCAUCGGCUCCAUCUUCAACAUCACGGGCAUCGCCGUCAACCGCUACUGCUACAUCUGCCACAGCCUUAAGUAUGACAAGCUGUUCUCCAACAGCAACACCAUGUGCUACGUCGUGCUCGUAUGGGCGCUCACCAUCCUCGCCAUUGUGCCGAACUGGUUUGUGGAGUCGCUGCAGUACGACCCGCGGGUGUACUCCUGCACCUUCGCGCAGUCGGUCAGCUCGCUGUACACCAUCACGGUGGUGGUGGUGCACUUCAUCCUGCCCAUCGGCAUCGUCACCUACUGUUACCUGCGCAUCUGGAUCCUCGUGAUCCGGGUGAGGCGGAGGGUCAAGCCGGACUCGCGGCCAAAGAUCAAGCCGCAUGACAUGCGCAACUUCCUCACCAUGUUCGUGGUGUUCGUGCUGUUCGCCGUCUGCUGGGCGCCGCUGAACCUGAUCGGCCUGGCAGUGGCGCUGGACUCCAGAUUGAGCCAAUCAAUACCGGAGUGGCUGUUCACAGCAAGCUACUUCAUGGCGUACUUCAACAGCUGCCUCAAUGCCGUCGUCUACGGCGUCCUGAACCACAACUUCAGGAAGGAGUACAAGAGGAUCGUCUUGAUCAUCUUCAAGUUUCACUGCUGAGAUGACGCGCCAAUGGGAGGGCAGAGGCAGAGAGUGGGGGUCAUUUUUAACUGGCGUGACAGGAAAAAGCUAUUAAAAGCAACAAAAGACAGAAACAGAAGAAGUUGACGUUGAUGAAGUGUGGAAAACAGUGCAAAUGAAAGGGAAAGGAAACAAAUAAAGAUACUGUAGAAAGGAGGAAGAUUUUGUAUGAGAGAGAAGAACUUACGUUAAUAGCUGGAGGUGUGGAGGGAGGGUAAAAAGAAAUAAAUGAUGCCACACUGAGCGUUAUCAGUGUUGCCUUCAG